CGUCCUCUCCGUGAUGCAAUCAAGGAAGAACUUGAGAGGCUGUUUCUUGGACAAGGUUAUCUCAAAUUUGGGGCUUUGCAUCUCUGUCUAUGACAUCCAAUCCAUAGAAGGUGGUUUCAUCUUUCCAGGAGAUGGCUCUUCGACAUAUAAGGUUGUGUUCAGAUUAGUUAUGUUUCGGCCCUUUGUUGGGGAGAUUCUCAGUGGAAGGAUUGAAAAAUCUAAUGCUGAUGGCUUGCGCUUGUCCCUUGGGUUUUUUAAUGACAUAUAUGUUCCUGUUCAUCUGCUGCAACAGCCAUGCAAAUUGGGACCAGGUGAUAUAUGGAUAUGGCAACAUGAAUGCGGAGAAUUGACUCUAGAUCUAAAAGAAGAGGUACACUUUAGAGUGGCUGAUAUUAGAUAUCCAUCCAUCCCGAUUGAGCAGAAGGAAGAUGCAGAACCAUUUGCUCCCAUGGAAAUUAUUGGAGAUAUAUAUGGAGAUGGUUUGGGCCUUCUUUCCUGGUGGGCGGAGUAACCAAUUACGAUGGUGUCAAAGAACACUGCAUAUACCAGUAUCAGCCUCACUAACAAUGCUUUCUUUCAUAGCCAAAUGAGUUUUGCCUGUGUUCAGUCCUUGAUAGUUUUCAUUGAAUCACCUAUGCUUAGAAUCCACUGUAGGGAAACUAAAUUACAAUGCAUCAUUUGACACCCUCAAGGAUUAAAAGGCAUCAUUUUACUGUGAUCUUGCCUUCUCAAAAGUUAUUAUUCCUUGUGUUGAUCAUUAAUCUAGCUGUUUAUGUAUUAAUUAUUGUUACUAUUA